AUGAGAGCUGAAACCCUGCUGCGGCCACUGCUGCUGCCCCUUCUGCUGGGGCUGCUGUGUGGCCCCUGGCGGACCCAGGCCCAGGCCCAGGCCUGCUCUGUCAGUAACAAUCAUGUCGAAGUGGAGGAAAAUCAGAACAUCACGAAGCCACUGGUGACCAUCUCUGUCCCUGAGGGUCAGCGGGUGACACUCAAGGCCUUGCCCACCUCCUCCGCCUUCCAGAUCCGGGAGAACAAGCUGUUUCUCAUCAUAAUUCCUGACUAUGAGGUGCAAUGGAUGCCUGGGGGCUUCUCCAUGGGGCCUAGGGACCAAUGGCUGGAGGCACAUAUUGAGUGCUGGCGGGGGGACAGCAUGGUGACUCAGCUGCUUGUGAUAGUUUCUGUGAAUGAUGUCAACGAUAACGCCCCCUUCUUCCCCUUUAACAUCACAACUUUGAAUGUGAGUGAGGAUGCCAAGAUAAACUCCGUUGUCAUCCCUGCGACAGAGCUGGAGGCUCAGGACCCAGACCAAACUGACACCUCCUUGUUCUACACCCUCCAAGAAGUCACCCCGGGUGCCAGUGAUUUCUUCUCCUUGCUGAGUCCAACCAACCCCUCCCUGAAGCUGGACAAGCGACUGGACUUUGACAAGUGUCCAAGCAUGACUUUCCGCCUGCUGGCCCGGGACACACAGGAAGAGAACGUCACUCCUAGCCACACGGCCACUGCCACGCUGACCCUGCGCAUCCUGCCAGCUGACCUGCGCCCACCCUGGUUCCUCCCCUGCUCUUACUCUGACGGUUUUGUCUGCAUUCAGGCCAAAUAUGAGGGGGCAGUCCCUACAGGACAGAUACUGCCAGACCCCCUCACACUACGUCCCGGACCCAUCUACGCCGUGGACGGAGACUCAGGAAUCUCCCAGCCCAUCAUUUACAGCAUUGUGACGGGCAACCAGGAUGGCGUGUUCUUCAUCGAUGCGGACUCUGGCAACCUUACUGUGACCACAAGCAUUCCCAGGCCCACGACCUUCCAGCUGGUGGUCAGGGCUGAGCAGGUAGACAACGCAGACCGGUACUCGGUCACCACUCUCUUAGUGAAGGCCCUUGCAACUGCUGGGAGUCCCCCCAGAUUCCCGCAGAGCCUGUACCGUGGCACCACGGCCUUGGGCUUGGGCAUUGGAGCCGUCAUCAAGAAUGCUUCCAACCCCUCGGAGCCUCUGAGGGUCCAGGCUCAAGACCCCGACUUCCCGGACUUCAACUCUGCCAUCACAUACAAUGUUACCAACAGCUCAGUCUUCAGGAUGGAAGGGGAGACCAUGGUUACCAGGGUCGCUGUGGAGGCAGAGGGAGUCUUCUAUGUAGAGGUGGAGGCCAAAAACAUGGGGACUUCCGCCAGGGUGACCACUGUGGUGGAAAUACAGGUUCAGGAGCAGGUGUCCACUCCAGGGCCCUUCACAUCCCCCACACCCUCGGAGGCCGGAAGAACAACAAGCAUCUCCAGCAGCACCACCAUGGAAGGCUCCAGGCCCCCAGGACCCACGCAGGAGCCCUCCCCCGGGCCCCCUCCCACCGGCUCUGGGGGGAGCACGGGCCCGCCCCCACCCUCAGGCACAACCCUAAGACCAGCAGCCUCUACUACUGUUGGAGGCCAUCCCAGCGUGGGAACCAGCAGGCCUCUCCCUCCAGCCACACCCAGCAGUGGGAGCUCAGAGUCAACUCCAGAGCUAGGACCCUCUCCUCCAAUACCCCCCAAGCCCACGGGGCCCCCUGGGCCUUCUCAGGGCCCCCCUACAAGCAGCUCUGGUGGGGGCACUGGUCCACACCCACCCUCAGGCACUUCUGUGAGGCCCCCUGUUUCCACCACACGUGGGGAGACUCCCAGUGGGGGAGCCAGCACCUCGUCCUCACCAGGCACGCCCAGCGGUGGAGGCUCAGCACUGACCACGGAGCUCAGACCCUCUCAGCCAACAACCUCCAGCUCCAGCACGUCUCCAGGAUCCUCAGGGCCCCCUGGGAGCGGGGAAGGCAGCACUGCAGGAGGUGAUGGCCCAGGCGGUGGUGACACUGAAGAACAGGGCUUCUCAGUAGUUGAGAUGGCAGCCGUUGGUGGGGUGCUGGGUGCCGUCCUGCUGCUGGCUUUGCUGGCCCUCGCUGUCCUCAUCCACAAACACUACCGACACAAGUUCAAGUGCUGCUGUGGUAAAGCACAGGACACGCUCCCUCUAGUCUUUGACAACCCAGUUUUGCAAACUGACAGCGAGGCCAACUGGGCGCCUGCCCCCAGUCCACCCCCGCCGGAAGCCUCGCCCCCGCCCCCGGAACUCCAGCCUCCUGCGCCAGCCAGCCUGGGGCACGCUCGCCAGGCAGCCCCCAGCCCUGAGCCCCUGAGUCCGGGGGCCCCCAACCCCGCAGCGACGGCGGCGGCGCCUGCAGGGAGCAGUCCCACUGCCGUGAGGUCCAUUCUGACCAAGGAUCGGCGGGCCGAGGGUGGCUACAAGGCGGUGUGGUUCGGUGAGGACAUUGGGGCCGAGGCGGAUGUGGUGGUCCUCAACGCGCCCACCUUGGACGACGGCGACACGGGCAGUGAGAACAGCGACGACGACGACACAGGCCCGGCCGAAGCUGACUCCACCUACAUCUAG